GUUAAUACUGUGCCUAAAAAUCGCACGUGUACUACAGUUAAUAAGGAUACCCAACCUAAAUUUAAAUCAAAUCCUGCGUCACUUGAAGAAAUAUUAUCAAGCAAGACUGCCAGUGAUGCUGACAAAAAGAGAUCUCAAACUUUAAUUGGACGCGGACUCAGGCCCAAGUCAACCGUUGGAACUGCCAAUCGUGUGACUGAUUUGUCCCGAUCUCGGAUGACUUACUCUUAUCGUGUUAAGAAGCCUUGUGAUUCAAGAGCGUCACUUUAUACUGGUGCUUUACGACUUUCCCGUACAAAUAAUAUGAAAAAGGAACCUCGAAAAUCUUUAAUUGCCAGUAAGGUAUCAUCAUCUGCUCGAACUUUUGCAACUCCUGCUCGAACUUCUGCAACUCCUGCUCGAACUUCCGCGAUAACCUGCGUAAAUUUAAAUUUCUCAUUGGUUCCAACAAAGAAUCGGAUGUUAUUUCAGAAUUUUUUUGCUGUAUAG